CCACUAUUUCCAUUAUUAGCUUUGUUGUUUGAAAAAUGUGAACAAUCUACACAAGGCUCGGAAGGCACAACGUCUGCCAGUUUUGAUGUGGAUAUUGAAAAUUUUGUAAGGAAGCAAGAGAAGGAAGGGAAACCUUUCUUUUGUGAAGAUCCAGAAACUGACAAUUUGAUGGUAAAAGCAAUCCAGGUUUUGCGUAUUCAUCUUCUUGAGCUGGAAAAGGUUAAUGAACUCUGCAAAGAUUUCUGCAGUCGAUAUAUUGCUUGUCUAAAAACGAAAAUGAACAGUGAAACCCUGCUGAGUGGAGAGCCUGGGAGCCCAUACUCCCCUGUGCAGUCCCAGCAGAUUCAAAGUGCCAUCACAGGCACUAUCAGCCCGCAAGGAAUCGUGGUGCCCGCCUCUGCGCUGCAGCAGGGAAAUGUAGCCAUGGCGACUGUGGCAGGUGGCACAGUGUACCAGCCUGUCACAGUCGUUACUCCACAGGGCCAAGUGGUCACGCAGACAUUGUCUCCUGGGACGAUUAGGAUCCAGAACUCCCAGCUUCAGCUACAAUUAAACCAAGAUCUAAGCAUCUUGCAUCAAGACGACGGUUCGUCUAAGAAUAAGAGGGGCGUUCUACCCAAGCACGCCACAAAUGUGAUGCGAUCCUGGCUCUUCCAGCACAUAGGGCAUCCGUACCCAACAGAGGAUGAGAAAAAACAGAUUGCUGCUCAGACACAUUUGACACUACUUCAAGUCAACAACUGGUUCAUCAAUGCUAGAAGACGAAUUCUUCAGCCGAUGUUGGAUUCCAGUUGUUCAGAGACCCCCAAAACAAAGAAAAAAACUGCUCAGAACAGGCCAGUCCAGAGGUUUUGGCCUGACUCUAUUGCAUCCGGAGUCGCACAGCCGCCGCCAAGUGAGCUUACCAUGUCAGAAGGUAUGGGUGGCGUGCCCUGGGGUUAG